UAGAACUACGUCUGUGAGUGGAACCCACCAGUCUCUUCCAGUCAGUCAUCCUGUUGCCGCACUGUAUUCUGGGAACACACAGAACAUUCAAGAUGGCGGCGAGCAGGAGGCUGCACAAGGAACUUGACGAGAUUCGCAAGUCUGGAAUGAAAAACUUCAGAAACAUUCAAGUUGACGAAUCAAACAUAUUGACAUGGCAAGGCCUUAUUGUCCCUGACAACCCUCCUUAUGACAAAGGAGCGUUCAGGAUCGAAAUCAUCUUUCCUGCCGAGUACCCCUUCAAGCCCCCCAAGAUCACUUUCAAGACAAAGAUCUACCACCCCAACAUCGACGAGAAAGGACAGGUGUGCUUGCCUGUCAUCAGUGCAGAAAACUGGAAGCCAGCCACCAAAACUGAUCAAGUCAUCCAGUCCCUCAUCGCCCUGGUCAACGACCCUCAGCCGGAACACCCCCUCAGGGCCGACCUAGCUGAGGAGUACUCAAAGGACCGUAAAAAAUUCUUUAAGAACGCAGAAGAGUUUACAAAGAAACAUGGCGAGAAACGGCCAAUGGACUGAUCACAUGACGAGUGUCUAGCCCUCUGAUCUCUCUGUUUCCCUCUCACUCACCUGCCCAAGCAAAUAUCUUUCUCCAACAUCCUUUCCUCCCUCUCUCCACUCCUGUCCCCCCACACUUCUCCCUGUCCUUCCCUCACACUCACAUGCUCCCCAGCCAGCCCCCCAGCAGCCCAGGAGCAGCCCCCCAGCAGCCCAGGAGCAGCCCCUCUGAGCGUGGCCAAGUUAGCCUCAGCCUCCCCUCCUCCAGGACUCUCUGUGGAUCAGACAGGUUCCUCCUCCUGGUGACACAUAGCUUGAGGCUGUUACUAACUUUCUACUAUUUUCUUAAAUCAAAAAAAAAAAAAAAACAUGAAAAAAGUGGUUAGAGGACUUUGUGUAA